GCUUUCCCAUCAACUUACACGACGUCGUUUACUCUUCAUUUCCUCUGUAUCUUCUCCUUCCCAUUUCCCCCAAAUCUGAACAUCUUUCUCACCCUUCAAAUGCAAAAAUGGCAGCACCAGUAAUCCAUUCAAUCACAAACUACGCCCAAACUCAACGCAUAGUUCUCCUAAUUGACCUAACCCCAUUUCUCCACCUCCAAAACCCUAACCAAUUCCUAACCACUCUCAUCUCCACUGCCAAAAACCUUCUCAAUUUCCCCCAACUCUCAAAUUCUUUAUUUACAUUCAAGCCCUUCUUCUCUUCAAUUUCUCCAUUUCUAUCCUCCUCCAAGCUCUCAAUUCCGUCGCUCUCGCUCUCAUUUAACCGCCCCAACGCCACCCUUCAAUCCCUAACAAAAUUUCUCAAUUCUUUUGUAUCUUCAUUUAAUAAAUCUUCAAUUCCGGGUACCAACCCUCGCGCUUUUCAUCUGUCCUCCUCUUUGCGUCAGCUGAUUCAUGAUUACGCGUGGGACCCGGUGAUUUCGGAUUGUUCUAUGGCUGGUAUGGUUUUGAAUUGUAAUUUGGUUGUUUUGUUUUCGCCGAUUUGUAUGUAUUUGAAUUGUUUGUCGGAGUUUUUUGAUGAUGAAUUGAGUAUUAGUAAGGUUUUUGAGAGUGUUAAUGAUGCUUUUGUUAGUAAAGAUAUUCAUUUCAGUUGGGUUGAUGUGAGGUAUGAGACUGGUGGGUGUAAGGUUGAAUUUGAUGAAGACGGGGUUUUUGAGAGGGGGUUUCGGGAGUUAGGAUGGGGGUUUUGUUCGAGUGAUUGUAUAGUUUUGGGUUCUGCUUUAGUUCCUUUUGGGUUAAUUUAUCCGAGAAUUGGAAUUUCGCCGAAAAAAAUUAGUUUUGAUUGUAGUCUUAAGCCAGCUCGUGCGCAACUUAAUCUUGAAAUAAUGGAUGUUAAUGGGAAGCCUUUGGAAUGUAAAUGUUGUGAUCUGGAAUUGGUGCAUUGGAAUGUGUUUUCUGGAACCUCGUCGAAAUUGUUAUGUGAAGAUUUUAGCAAUGGAAUUAUGAAGCUCCAUGUUAAGGCUGUCAGAAAAAGUGAUAAAUGUGUGAACUUUGAUAGGCUGUUAUCUGAUCCCAUUGUUGUGCGCGAGUUUUCAGAUGUUUCUGCUGAUAGAAAAGAAAGUUGUAGUGAAUUUUUUGAAAACAGGGUUCUUGAAAUCCUGCAGAUGGAAAUGGGUGAACUUAUACCGAGAAAAUCUGCACCUAUUUUGCAAAUAUUCUUGAGUUUUCUCUAUAAAGAAGAUUAUUGGGCUAUAGUAUCUCUUUCAAAUAGCAAUGGUGAUUCACUUACAGGAAUUCUGAAGCCUUUCACUGUUUCUUUAGCUCUCCUUUUCAUUGCAAGAGAUCAUUGCAGCCCCAACAGUGAAGUUGACGGGACAGCUUUGAGUCAAUUUGCUGUGAAGACAAACACUGAGAGUAGAAAACCUAAAUUUGACUUGAGCCCGUCUAUUGGACUGGUAGGUUCUCAAUCUGGGACUUCACCUACAGAGAAGCCUGCUGAAGAGAGUCAUGGUAAGAGGAAGAAGAAUAAAAAGAGUUUAAAAAUGCUUCGGGAAAUGACAUGGAUUUCCUUUUGUCAGGCAGCAUUGGAGCACUUUGACUUGGAUUUGGAAGAUGUAUGUUUUUCCAGGGGAUGCAGCAAGUCGAAGAAGUUGAAAUUUUUAAAAUGUUGGAUGAAACAGAUUAAGAAAACUAGCAAUUGUAGCUUGACUGAGCCAGAGAGAUCCAAGCAGCAAGAGGACAUCGGAAAUGAUUUAGAUGAUAGAUUAACCAAGUUACCACAGGAAUGUGAAAGGAUGAAUGCUUCAUGCUCCUCAGUGGCAGAGGCCUCUACGACUGGGGUCUCGAAAGGAGAGGAUGAAGCUGCUGUUGGAUGUUGCUCAGAAUCUUUGGAAAGUUUCUUAAAUGAUCUUCCCCACAAAAUCCGGCAAGGGCUUGAAUCUGAAGAGGUAGACCUGCCAUCUUUGGCAAAUCGACUGGUUAACUCUUCUAUAAAUUGGCUAUACCAAAAAUACGAUACUAAAAUGAUGUCAGAUUCUCAAACCCACGUCGCAAAAUCUGAUAGUGAGUUAGUCGCUGUUCAGCUAUCGAAACUGUUACUAAAAGAUCCUAAGGACUUGGUUACUACACAUAGAAAUGGUGAUCAGUCCUCUCAGGCAUCAGCUAAACUUAUUCCAGGAAAUAUAGUAAGAGAAUAUGAAUUGCAAAUUUUGUUUCGGAUGGAGAUACUCCAUUCAGAGGUUGGAGCAAGUGUUGGUGAGUCUACGAGGCAAAAGUUUGUGAAGCAAAUUUGCUUGCUCUUGGAGAACAUUCAGUGCCAAAUGCAGGCAGGCUUUUUUGGAGAUUGGAGCCUUGAUAAGUAUGUGGGAAUGAUCAUUAAAAGCAGGUAUUGUGAAAGCCUGGGGGAGGUGGUUCAAAAAAUCUAUGAAAGAAUGGAUUUGUUGCUGUUCGAAGAUGAGGAAGAAUUGCCUCUAUCUUUACUCAAUAGUGAGGACAGUUCUAAACCAUGGAGAGGAAAACACAGUAAAGAGGAAGUCGACGAGAACAGUAGAAUCAAUGUUUCAGUUUCUGCGGAAGAGGAGCUUUUACGUGAGCAUCAAGAAAGUAACGAGAAGGAGCAUGCUGUUAAAGUAGUUGAAGCUCAGGAACGGAGACAAAGGGCUCGUAGAUUUGCAUCUUUCACUAGCUGGGCUCCAGAUCUGCAGAGAGUAUGGGCGCCAAAACAGUCCACAUCGACGAAAGAGAAGUCGGAGCGGAAGGUUUCGAAAAGAAAAGAACAAGGAAGGUUAAGUUACGACUCGGUAUGCGAAACCCCAAUGAGUGGUUUGAAACGCUCAUACAAGGGUAUAGGCAGUACUAGAAGACGUGAUACAGAAAGCCAAGACAAUGAAUUUUCUUUAUGUGGUCCGGUUUCGAAGGCAUUGUUUCAAGAUGACUGAUGAUGAAGCCUCAAUUUCUCAUAUACUUACGACAAAUACAUGCUCAACAAUAACCAGCAACUUGUUGCGCAUUGCAUAAUGCAUAUCUAUGUGCUAAUGUUAACCUAAUUAACAUACUACAGAAUUUCAGCAUUUGUAUAGACUAUAGCGAAAAUUUCUUAUGCAGAUAUGUAACAAUAGUCGGAGCUUCCUAACUUGUGUCUCGGUUUUAAAUAAAUUAUUAUGUUUAAAUUUUUAGUUAAUUAAA